GUUGUGACGGUUUCCGCAUUGCAGAGCGGUUGUGGCGCUGGAUAAUAUAUAUGGCAUAUGGACCAAGGUGGACGAAGCGUUCGAAGUGAAUGGGACGAGUGUGGGGGGCACGAAAGCUCACUUUGAAACGAGUACUAUAAGCAAAGGAAGGGUAGAGAAAAUGAGCGAGAUGCAGCGAUAUUCGAACGUCAAAAACCCUCGCCAUGUUGUGCGGGUACGCUGCUGCGUGUUGUCAGAACUUGAUUGCGUUUGUUGAUGUUGCAACAGAGCACAACAACAAUUCCUUGUGAAAAGUAUCGCGCCGGCAACUGUGUAAAAGGCGUGAACAAAAAAGAAGGGAAAAAAUAACUAUCGCACGAUGUAUGACCCAUUUUCUCCCCCAUCCGCGGACCACCGGCAGGCAUAGCGUUUAGUAAAUAAACCCUUAUCCGAGCGUUCGCGCUUCGUUCGGCAACUUCCAGGCAAACAAGUGCCAACUGUGCAGUUUUGUUCCUCCGUGAAUCAUGCAAUUUAGUUGCUGCGUGGAAAAGUAGCCACGGAAAGUGUACAACACUUCUGCCGUGUGUAUGUGUGUGUGUGUUUUGGGGUUUUGGAAAUGUGCAAAAUGUGAAAUUUCGUUUGAACACCGUGUAAGAAAAAAAGAAUUGUGAGAGAAAAUUGUAAGUUAACAAAUUGUUCCAGCUUUGGGCCUUGGUUUCUUAUCAGCAACGCAAGCGGCAUCGAGCGAGACGUAACCAACUCGGCGCAGUUGGCGGAUACCAUUCGAGAGCGUUCUUUAUCCAUAUCGGGUUCGACCUGCGAUAACACGAUGGCAGUGAGGAUCAACAAGCAUUAAACAUCAAUUCUGGUACCAUUCAGAGUGUGAAAGAGACGCAGUGCCACACCACACCAGUGGCAAAGGGAGCGAACGAGCAGUACCAGCACCAUCAGCACGAACAGUCCUGUCAUAACCAAGGCAACCGAAAAGAACCAUGUUCAAAAUCGAAUCGUACAUUACGCCCAUCAUUUUGAGCUACGUAGAGAAGUACGUGAAAAACAUCCGUCCGGAAGAUUCGCAGCUGUCGCUAUGGGGUGGCGAAGUGGUGUUCCAAAACCUCGACUUAAAGCUGGACGUGCUGGAGGAGGAGUUGCAGCUGCCGUUCAACUUCCUCUCCGGCCACAUACACGAACUCUGCAUCCGAGUGCCGUGGACAAAGAUCGCAUCGGAACCGAUCGUCAUCACCAUUAACACGAUCGAGUUUGUGCUGAAGUUGCGCGACAGCAAUGAUCGGAACGUGCCAAAGCGGGAACCGCCCCGGAAGGGCAAAAGCACGGAGGAAGCACCGCCGCCCGGUUACAUGGCAUCGCUGAUAAGCAAAAUCGCGAACAACAUCACGAUCCGGUGCCACAACGUGAUACUGAAGUACGUCGAGGAGGAUAUCGUCGUGUCGAUGAACAUCCAGCAGCUGUCGAUGGAAUCGGCCGACAGUGGGUGGAAUGCCGCCUUCAUCGAUCUGUCCCCGACGAAGGUGUCGCUCCGGAAGCUGAUCAGCAUCGUGGAUCUGACCAUCUGUCUGGACAAGCGAAACUCGGCCGGCAAGAUUGAGGUGUGCCAGGAGCCGGUGCUGUACCGGAGCACGCUGCAGCUGCGCAUGCUGGUAAAGUACAACGUGUCCUCGCAGGACCGCUCGUCACUCACGCGCAUCGAUGUGCAUUCCAAAUUUCUGGACUUUAACGUGUCCUCGCAGCAGUUUCCUAUGCUGAUGCGCUUGUUCGAUCUGGCGCUGGCGCUGAAGCAGGGCAAAAUCAAAACCGAACCAAUGCAACCCGUCCCGGAUGGGGGUGUGGAGGUGGAGGAUGACGGUGGGCAGGAGUCGCUACUGUCCUGGGCCUGGAAUCUGCUACCAUCCUUCUUCCCGGAGGAGAGCGAAAGCGACCAUUCGGAGGAGCACGAUACGCGCGUCCUGCACACCGGCCUGUACAUCGAUCAGCUGCGAAUCAUUUUCAAAACGCAGGAACUGAUCGGCGACGGUAUGGUGGGCACGGCGAAGAAGAUCAAGUACCACCCGAUACUGCGCUUUGAUUUUCACCACUUUUACGGUGAAAUGAUCGCUUGUGGGCUGAGGUGGUUCAACGUAACGCUGGGCAUCUCGCGCGUGCAGGUGCAAUCGCUCGAGGACUGUCCCUGCGGCCAUCGGGACGGUGCGGUGAGGGAAAUAUUUGAAUCGAUCGAACAGGUGCCACAGCCGGGGGAAAGCACCACGCAUCUGGAGAGCUCGUUUUUUAGUGACAGUACCGGGGGGAACCGGAAGUACAACGGCAACUGGAACUACCAUCUGAGCAGUUUCAGCCAGGAGCGACUGCUGCAGCAAUUUCCCGCCAUUGCGAUCGACAUUAUCCACGAGGUGCAGCUGCCCGACGAUCGGCGAACGUCCGAGUUCGGUAGCGAUCUGGAGUUUAGCAAUUUGGCGGAAAAGUACAUGAUCCGGGUGUUUGUUGGGCGUUUCCGGGCAAAAAUCUCUGCCGAUACGAUUCACCGAUUUGAGACGCUCGCAUCGUACAAAGACUUUUACGAGUAUCCGCCUUACUACGAGGAUAAGCCGAUGCCAACGCUCGCCCAGCUGCCUCCACCUUCGGCAGAAGAUUACGAUGCACUGAUGCACGAGAUCCCGCUGCGGCAGAUACACAUCACGCUCCAGAGUCCCACGAUUGAGCUGCAUUCCUUCGAUCACGGGCAGCAGGAGAGCUUGCUGCUGCGGAAGCACAGCAGUGGAAAGAUGCAACCUACCACCGGCUCGCAGCCGAGACCGGCGCUUACGGUGCAGCUGAAUCGGGUCGAGUGCAACAUACUGGCACCGCUCUACCCGAACCGGCUCGUCUACACUACCUGCCAGCUGCCAGAACCGCCGGCCAAGCUGUUCGAUGCCUGCUAUCAGUCCAUUUCCGGCAACUUGGAGCGCAUCCAAGUGAAGCUUCAUCAUUCACGAUGGACAGACGCGACGGUAGCCACGGCCGUCAGCAUGAACUACCAGCAGCGUAUGCUAAUCCAUCCCUCGCUCUGGCCCAACGCCGAGCUUAACAAAACGGAGCACAACGUUACUGUGACGGAUCUUAAAGUGAUCGCCAAUCCGCUCCAAGCGCUUACGACCGCCUCGAUCGUACAGUCCCUGGCGGCGCAGCAAGACACACCCGCCAUCGAUUGGGAACCGUUACAACAGCAAGUUAGAUCACUGCCCUCGGUCGAUCUGCUGCUGUCGUACGUUCACCUGCGCAAGGUGGAAGCGGAUCGCACCGAGUGCUACAAGCUGCUGGCCCGCAACCUAAAGCUGCUCACCUACCAACACGAUGCGACGGAGGAAAAGUCCCUGACGGCCCUCUGGCCCGACCAUUCGACGGAGGAAGAUUUCCUCACGGUCAUACUGCAGCUGCCCAAACGGCUCGAUGCCACCAUCGAACAUCCGCCGCUGCUGUACGCGAAGCUGCUCGAUCUAAGCCUUAAUUUGGAUCCGAAUUUUCUCGCCUUUCUGGAGCUGUGGCAGCGGGCCCGCCCACUGAUGGAGCGGACCAUUUCCCGGGCUCGGUUCGAUGCACGGUUCGCUGCGAAACAUUCCAACCGCAGCGCGGUACAACAACACCCCAACCUUCGUCCGGCGACACGGAGCGAAGAUAAAAAGGAACAUUCCGCGCCGGGUACAUCCGUCCAUUCGGGUUCGGGGAAGGUGGGUUUACCCGGUGGUGGUGGUGGCGGUGGUGCAAUAGUGCAUGGCCGGCCACCGUCUACGCUCGGCGUUGAAGAUGCUGAACCGAAGGAGAGCAUCGCUGCAGCGCAGGAAGAGGGCAGGUCGGCGGUAGAUAACCAGUUCUGGGCGAAGCUUGCGAAGAGAAUCAUUUUCCAUCUCGAAGUGAGCCACUUUACCGUGUGUCUGCCGGUAAAUAAUAUUAUCUUCCACUCACUGAGUGACUCGCUGGAGGAUGAGUUUGGGCAGAAUGAAAUAUUCAUGAUCAAACUGCCCCUGAUCUCGGUCAAUUCCGCGUUCAAGUGCCAAACGCUCUCCGGCUGCAUCAACCGCUUCCCUAUCAGCAUCGCCAAAUCCGUGUGGCCGCUAGAAAAGGAUAGCUUCCCGUGGACCAUUUCGCUGGCAAAUGCGUCCAGCUGGACGUACCAGAAUGGCGAAAUGAACAAGCUGCUCGAUGAAACGACGACCAACAUUUCAAUGGUGCUGAACUUUAGCGACGAUGCGACGACUGCCGCCUCCUGUUCGUCGGCCUGUUUCCACAUCGAUACCACACCGUUCCGGGUGACGCUCGUGAAGGAGCAGCUGGUACUGCUGCGCGCCACCCUGGACCGGCUAAUGCAACUACCGAUGAUGCUGCCGGCAGACCAGGGCCAAUCGGAGGAGGGUGGAAAAUCGGAAGCCGCCCAGCAGUUCCUGGAAAUUCCGCAGCUUCCCGGCGGCAGCUCGGUGGCGGCGGUGGAUCUGCGCGAGUUUCUCGACCUAGCACACAACUCGAGCGGUGGAUCGGAGGAAACGCUCAAGGAUAAGACGAACCUUGCGGGCGAUGGUGAGCGGCGUUUGAUGCCAUCGCUUUGGCUGCAGUGGACCUUCUCCAAGCUCACGAUAUGCUGCAUUACGCGGGACGCUGUGAAGGGUGUGCGUACGGAGCGUCUCAAGCUGAAGAUCGAGCUAGAGGACAUCAUUUAUUCGCUCGACAAGCAGGAGGUGUACUCGCAGGUGAAAGCGAAAAUUGGCGGCAUGACCGGCGCUUGCUACGAGUGGCAAGAGAGUCCUUCACGUCAGCAGUCGGCUGCAGGUGGUGGUGGUGGUGGCUGGAUUCGCAACGAAGCCCUGGCAGUAACCGUGCAAACGGGAGAGGCGAGUGAAUCGAGCAAAACGACCGGUACGGAUACGUUUUUCAACAUGACCAUCACGCGGGCGGAGACGAAAAACGUACACUCCAAGUGGGACACGGUGCGGAAGUCGCGUGAGCAUAACGAUACGCUCGUCGAGGUGGUGAUCAAGAUGGAGCAGAUCGAUCUGCGGCUGGAACUUGAUCUUCUCGGCGAAUGUUUGCGCAUGCUGCACGUUUUACAGCCCGCAACGUGCGAACCGUCGGUCACUAACGAAGGAGGGCGUUUAAGUUCGACCAGCACCAACUCCGUGCUGGGCGUGAAAGAUUUGCCGCUGAUCCAUUUUGUCAGCAAGGGCAUUACGGUGUUCCUUCCGCUGCGCUCGGACGAACCGGAACCAUGCUCGGUUUACAUCUUAAAGAUCAGUACGAUCACCGUGCAUCACAACGUGGAAAAUCCGAUAUGUCGCGUGCCGCUGCGUCCGGACGUGUACACGAAGGCGGCCCAGAUGCGCAUCUUGAACGUGCCGGGCUCGAAGAUAGAGGAUCGCCAGUACGAGCUGCUGCUGAAGGAAAUUUCGCUCAGCACGGCCACCUGGCGGGAUGUGGUGCAGUACUUGCACGAUCAGCAAACGUGCACCACGCACCACGACAACCCGGCGUUCGAGUGGAACAACCUGCAGCAGGGAGUGCAGCGCACGUCCCAUUGCGAUGUGGUGACCGUGUUUAAGGAGUUUAACUUCUCCGCCAUCUAUGCACCGUGCAUCAUCUACAAGAACGUGCUGAUCUGUAGCCGUGCGAUGGAGCUAAACUGCAUGUCGGAUCUGGUGGUGGACAUCGAUCUCGGCCAGCUGCAGCUGGCGGAGCGUUUGCUGAGCAAGGGCAAAGAAAUCGGCGACUGCUUGUUUCCACCGUGCAGCGAAUCGCCUCAGCAUCAAUCCUCGGCCACUGGCGUGAUGAUGUCGCGCAGUAACAGCUCGGUCGAUGCGGGUAGUUUGCUCGCGUUUGCCUCCAGUACGCCCAGCGGUGACGAUACGGGGCGUGAGUCCGUAAAGUCGUACCGAGAGUCGGUGCCAUCGUCACGCUUCCGCAGGAGCAAUUCGAAGCUGUCGCGGUGCGAGGAAGACUCGGGACUGGAAUCGUACCGCACGUGGGACGGCAAGCGGCCCCGUUCGAGCAGCAGCAGACGAAGUGGCAUCCAGCGGCAGCGCAAAAUAUCGUCCAUUUCCUCCGACAGUAUUUCGAAACCGGGACGUACCACUUCCACGGGCCAGACAAGUCCGGUUGUUGUUCCGUACGAGGUGUGCCUGCUCGGUGGGUACUUUAAGAUCAAUCUGUACGCUCAACGAGACCGUAGCAAAGGCGGUGGGCCAGCGCUAAAGCUAGUGCUCGCCCAACCGAAUGCGCUUGUGUCGCUCAGCUUGCUGGAGCGUGUGCUGCAGCUCUCCCUGUUCGAUCUGACCGUGGAAGUGGACGAGCUGGCGAUUGUGAAAACGGUCACCGGUGAGCCGGAUGAGCUGGGCAUACCGCAACCGAUCGUUAAGACACGCUUCGUCAACAGUCUGACCAAGCGAAGUCGUGAGUUGAGGGUCGCCUUCAAGCGACCGAUUAAAGUGACCGUCUCGCACGGCAAGGUGAAAAAGCUGAUGGAACUAGCCACGAUUCUGGACGACCUGUUCAAACCACCGAAGGUCAGCAAACGCCGUGGCACGGGCACGAUCAAAACCCUGCCGAAACCGGUGCUCAGUGGGAACAAAUUUUUGCUCAUCAAAUCGCACCUGCUCGAUGUGGAGAAGAUUCAGCUAGAUCUGUCGCAGGUGAUGCUACACCUGCUCGAUGAAGAUACGAGCCGGCCGGCACAAUACAACAUGAAGCUGUCCUUUUCUUCCCUCCACUCCACGAUACGGGUGCAGGAGCGGCCGGAACGCAUCGUAUUCGAGCUGGAGCUGGCCGAGCUGCUGCUCAGUGCCGGUGCGUUUGUAAUUCUGCAUCCGUUCUCGUUCACGGUGCAGCUCACCCUGGCGCAGGAGUACUGGAAGCGCGAGCCGCUGGUGCAGAUCAAGCUGCAAUCGUCCUACUUGCAAGUGGAUCUGAUUCCGUACAUCUUCCACCAAGUGGAGCUCAUCCGGAACGAUCUGUUGGACGCACUGCGCGCAGAAGACAGCGAACGGAAGGAUUCCGUUUCUACCGUGCACAGUGCAAACAUGACGCCAAGCCGGGAGCUGCUGAUACCGAUCGUGCCACCGCGCUUUGAGCAGAAACGCACGAAAGAGAUGCAGGAGGAAUACUACCAGGAUGAUCUAAGGGCCGGAGCAUUCCAGUUCAUCGAAACGAUGAAAAUUGCCGAACUUCCGCUUCCGUAUCAGAUAAAAAUUAUUAACCGUGAAGUCGGCAUCAUCUGCUGGCGCUAUCCGCAACCCCGAGCGCUGCACCAGGUGAUCGUGUAUCCGGUUCCGAUGAACACCACGAAAUCGGUCAACAUCCAGUGCAAGCUGGAACACUAUGCCGAAAUCAAUGGCAACUUUGUGGAGGUGUGCCAGUUCACCCUGUCCGAGAACGAGAAGACGUUUCUCAAGCUCCCGCAGCGCAAGAUUGCAUCGGCCAUCUGGCGAAUAGUGAUGACGCAGAAUGUGGUCUACGACGAGGGCAGCAGCGCAAGGGGGCGGGAUGAAGACGAUGAAACGACCGACGGCAUGAGAAGCGAUGCGCACGAGCACGACGACCACGCAGCCCAGCCGCGCAGCCCAACGAACGGUCUCGGCAGAACGCUGCUCACGACCAUCACCGACGUGCUGACGGACAGUUCCUACCUGCCGGGGCAACGGGUGGUAAGCUUGCCGUACCGCUUGCAUCCGAAAAUCUUUGUCGCCUGUAUGCGCGUCGAUUCAAUGUUCAGUGCCGCGCUCGUACCGAACGUGGAGGCAACGAUCGAUCUAAAGCCGGUGCAGCUGAACCUGUUCAAUCACGUGGCCCUCCAACCCGACCGUCCACUGCCCAAGCCUUUCGAGCGGUACCGGCUGUGCCGCGAGUCGGCCGAGUUUGGUGCACACAAAUUUUUAAUGCUAAAUGCGCACCGAUUCCGGGGCCAGUGUACGAUCUACGACAAUCUGGACCUGUUUGUGAGUGCGGAGCUGAAUGUGCAUUGCGAUCUGCUCGACUACAACUAUUUUACGUUUGAAAAUGCGCUGGAAGUGAGCAACGUGAAGGCGUACGGGUGGUUCUGCGAGCGUACGCUGGAGGUGAGAACGAUUACGGAUGAUAUCUGCGUACGGUACGGUCCUUCGAUCGGGUACAAUUUAGCUGUGGCGGAGCGGAUAUGGAACCGGAGUCUGUCAGCCAGCGAGCAAGGCACGGAUGCACCGUUUGUGCUGUACAGCAGGUACAUCGUUUGCAAUCGCACUCAAAUUGGACUCAAGUUUGGCCAGUGCGGAACGACGGAAAUGAUCUACCUCGGACCGAACGAGCUGUGUCUGUACGGGUUCCGAAGUUGCCGGCAGCGUCAGCAACUGCAGCUCUACUUUACCGAAGGCACUACGCAGGUUGCAACGGAAGCGUUUGACGUGUCGAGAGAUGGCCUGCAGCAAGUGUGCGUGCAGUCGAUCCACGAGGAAGACAUGGAGGACGAAAAGAUGCUUCUGGUGCGAGUCGAGUCGCUUUCGGCGGAUGCAGUUGGUGGUGGUGGUGGUAGCAGUAGCACCCAGCGCAGCAUCACAAUCGAAGGACAGGUGGCAUUUCACAACAUGACCUCGCAGCGGCUAAAGUUCCAGUACCGCUACUACAAGAUUGUGCCAAACAGUGAGCGUAACUACGCCGCGACCAGCUUCCAGGUGGCGGCAGGCGACAGUGCCAACCUGUUCUCGCCGGCCAACAACAAAAACCAGCAAACGAUCAACAUUGCGAUCGAGGGUGAGGGUGGCGGGCGGGCUGGCUGGUCGGGCGAUGUUCCGCUGCGCGAGAUCAUGAACGGUGGCAGCAUGCCGUAUCUGGUCAAGAUUCCGACUACGACGAUCACGCGCGAAGGCUACAUUAGCUACUGGGUGAGGAUUGUGCGGGAAAAGCUGGCGGACAGCAAGACCGCCCCAGCGCUGAACGGUGAAGUGCUGGAGCGUGUGCUCGUGAUCGUUUGGCCACUGUUUAUGGUGGAAUCGUUGCUGACGGUUAAUACAACGGCUUACGAGGAGAAACUCGACCAAUCGUUCUCAAUCUACGGGCAAGGACAGCGGCGCCAGCUGAACGUGGCCGGUACGUACUCGGACGAGCACGAGCUAGCACUGCGGAUGAACUUUAACUCACCGCACGGUGAGGAUAAGCGCAAGGCGCUGCUUUCCUACCGGCUGAUCGAUGGCAAAACGUUCUUCCAAGUACCGGCCCGGUUCCGGAACAUUGAAAACGCACUGCUGGCGCUGCGCAACAGCCAGCGCACACCCGAGUGGCCGUGCUCGCGCGAGGAAGAGCUCCGCUGGCGGCGCGAAAACUCAAUACAAGAGGCCACAUUCCCGCUGUACCACUGUUCGGCCGCGUACGAAAUGUCCUGCUGCCUGAUGCUUAACAUUGCCCCGUGGGCACUGUUCAUCAAUCAGCUCGGGUGCGAGGUGCGGUUGCGGAACCACACCACCAACGAUGUGAACAUUAUCGCCCCGAACAGUGUCAUCAUGCCGUUCCACGUGGAGACGGCAUUCACGCUCGAGAUGAACGUGAACGGAGGCGGCGGCCAGCCGAGCUUACGUUCCGAGCUGAUCUACAUCAACGGCGCGGACGCGAAGAAGCAAUCGCCCAGCGGCGGGUGUGCAGUUUUACCGCUGGAAGGUUCAAUCGACAUCAUUAUUCGCACGGAAUGUGAGGUUAUGAAUUUAGUCCUAACGUCCAUGACGGAGAACAAAGUGCGCGUCUUCAUCUUGGCCUCCCAGUUCAUCGUAACGAACUAUUCGAGCAUCGAUCUGCACUGCUGGUCGUUUGCGCUGCCCGCGAACGAACGGUUGGAACAGUUCAGGCUAACGAGCAACAGCGGGCCCCACAGUUGCUGCUACAGUCUUCCAAAGAAUGGCACCAAGUGCGAGAACCCCAAAGGUACCGUGGUCACGAUGCUCAGCAAUGUUUCGCAGCGCAAGGGAAAGAUAAAACCGAACGCCAACUACAACCACUACCUGACGGUGUACCAGCGGCGGGAAAAUGGGAGCGAAUUUUCCGCUCCCAUCUAUCUGAACAAAGCGCUCGCCCGGAAGUCGCUGAGCGUACCUACCGCGGCUAGCGAUGCCGUCGAGCGGCGCAAUCAUCAUCAUCAUCCACUGUCGCUGUCGAUCGUGUCGCACCAGGGGCAGCAGCAUGUGUCCAUCUACGACGAUCCGUGCCCGUCCUAUUCGAUCGAAAACCGCACCGACUUUCACAUGUACGUCGCCCAGUCGGACACGGUGCAGCCGAACAAGGCGGCCACGGCCGUGCCCGAAACGGUGGAAAGCAAUUUCGCCUGGUUCCAGACGGUGGGUUCCCGGCAGACGGUGUACUACACGCCGCCGGCCCUGGACGACCACUUUCCCGAGCAUCACGAGGCGGAGCUGGCGCUGAUAUUUGCGUGCGUCAGUGGCAGUGCGAUCCGGUGGUCCCAUCCGGUACGGGUCGACGAGAGCAAGAGCAACAUCUUUUUGAACAUUCCGCUGUACGGCGAUUUGAAGCUGGCGAUACGCGUGCGCAACCGCACGACCGCGCUCGUGAUCGACUACAUCAGUCAGGAUUUGGAAUUUUCUGCGAAGGACAUUCGAACGCGCCUGUCGAACCCGAUACGGCCACCGGAACCGGCGGCAGCGUCGGAGUCGGCUGAUGCAACCGCGCCCGGUACGGAUUAUCGUGGUGCGCUCGAGUGUGACAGUGGUGGGCCGCGGCCGGCCCAGGGUAAGGCGCAGCUCGUGCAGAGCUACUUCCGCACGGUGAUGAUCACGCUGUUUAACGACGAGCCCGACCGAUCGUGCUUCAAGCGGGACAUUGUUUCGUUCAACUUUGAUCGCGUCGGUGUCCGGGCGGAGCGGGGAAUCAAUGCGAACCAGGUCACGCUGCACUGUACGAACGUGCAGGUGGACAAUGAGCUGCACUCGAGCGGCGAGUACGACUUUCCGGUCGUGCUGUGCAGUGAGGAUCACGAAACGAAGCACCGAAAGCUGCCAGCGCAGUCCCCGCCCAACCCUUACCGGCUGGAGGAUGUGCUGGACCAGCUGGCAAGGACUGCGCUCUGCACGUUCGAGUGUGAUCUUGUCGCGGAGCACGAUGACGGCGAAGAGGUGGACGUUGGAGCUGGUGGUGGUGGUGGGUGGUCCGGUGCGGAAUCGUUGCGCGUCAAGAUCAACCCGAUCAGGGCGUACAUCGAGGACACGUACAUCAACGUGCUGGUGGACUACCUGAUGGAGUGUCUGCCGGCCGGGAUGCUGCACGAGCAGCGCGAUCACGAGACGGCCCCGACCCGGAUCCGCUGCCAGCCGGGCGAGGUGCUCGUGCCGCGUGCCGUCGUCCAGCAGUCCAGCUACCUGGCCGAACCGAUCAAGUUCCGGUGCGUGCGCAUCGAACCGCUGGCCGUGCUGCUGUCCGUGCACGCCUGCAUGCGUCUGUACAUUGCGCUCGACCACAGUCCGCUUGAGUUUACCGCGUUCGAGCGGCGGUCCGUGCGCACGCUGCCGAUCAAGUUCGGCAACGCCGUCGGUAUGCACUACCUGUCCGGGGCGAUCUUCGGUGGCGGGUGGGUGAUCGGGUCACUCGAAAUACUGGGCAGCCCGAGCGGGUUGGCCCGGUCGGUGACAAGCGGGCUGCGCGACUUCGUCUCCCUGCCCGUGCAGGGACUGUUCCGUGGCCCGUGGGGAUUCCUGGUCGGGGUGACGCAGGGCUCUGCCUCGCUGAUACGCAACAUUACCGCCGGUACGGUUAACUCGGUCACGAAGCUAGCCCAAUCGGUGUCGCGCAAUCUCGACCGGCUAACGCUCGACACGGAGCACGUGCAGCGGACGGAUGCGUUACGCCGGCGCCGUCCACUCGGUAUGACCGAUGGAUUUACGCAGGGACUGACGGGGCUCGGCAUCAGCCUGCUGGGAGCCGUCGGUGGGCUGGCCCACCACCCGCUGCAGGCCACCAAUCCCAUCGGCGUGGUGACGGGCAUGGGCAAGGGCAUCGUGGGCGCAUUUGCCAAACCGAUCAGCGGAGCGGCCGAGCUGGUUGCACUGACCGGGCAGGGGAUGCUGCAGAGCGUCGGCUACAACACGCUGCCCACGCCGAAGCUGCACUCGCGCCAAUCGCUGCAGCGGUUGGAGCCGAUCCCGCACAAAGCGCUGUGGGAACCGCAGGCGGCCUGCGGCGAGGGAACGCUGCUCUUCACCGUCCAGGCAACGCUAGCGACGCACGGCGAGUAUCGGCUCGUGCUGGUCGCCAUCUACAGCCGGGCGCUCGUCCUGUACGACGUCAACGACUGUCAGCUGCUCGAGGUGCUCGACCCCAAGACGGUGUUUUUCGACACGGACGAGGAGUGCGACGCUACGCGGCUUACCAUCCGCGUGCGACCGAAGCUUCCGCCGCCACCGUGCACCGACUACGAGCUGUAUCCGAUCUCGAGCCGGACGUACGAUUUUGUGCGCGAUUCAACGAUGCAACUGCCGCGCAUCGUCGGUAGUGUGGCGGCGUUACAGCAGCAGCAACAGCAGCAGGCCAGCUAUGGUAAGGUCGGUGCUGGUCACAGAGCAACUGUAAACGCCGGUGACGAUACGAUUGGACUGGACGAGAGCAGUGUGCUUGAGCCGGCUAUUGUUGUGGAUGAGCGAUCGGUCGUGCUCGAUAUCGAGCGACGAUCGUCCACUACCAGUGGCGGAGAGGAGGAUCUGGACGGUACGGGAUUGCUGCUGAACGAUGACACCGGUUCGACGACGACGGCCGCGAUUGCCAGCGCCAUGCUCGACGCGGACUUUGAUGAGAACGCACCGGACGGUGGGAAGGAUGAUAGCGAGCGCAAGAUAGUGAUCUUCUUGGACGAGAACCUGGUGAAUUAUCUCAUCACGUACGUCGAUCUGCUCAAGCGUACCGUGGACAGUCGAGCGGACAGUCUGGGUGCGGACGACGGUGUAGCAUUUCUUCCAUUCGAGUGUUGAACGUUCUAGUGUUCCAGUCCGCUGUUAGCUGUUAGAUAGGUUGCGCAUAGUCAAGGGAUAAAUUAUUAUAAUAUAGGCAAAGUUCGGCUGCCGAUGUAUCAUAUACCUCAAUAAAAACGGGCCACCGCAAUCAGCAGGACACUGUAA